CAAAUGCCCAAUCUACGUAGCACGUUCGGGGCGGCAUACAUCGGUGCAAUGGUCACUCUCGCGUUGUAUGGAUUGACCACGUUACAAACGUACAUGUACUAUCUUUAUUAUCCGAAAGACCGUGUAUUUCUAAAGGGAUUGGUACGAACCAUCUUCCUUGGUUUCUCCGAAAUAAUUUUGACUUCUACAGGUCCUCUUUGUGUGGUUGGUCGAGUCCUGAUGUUCAAUCAUAUCUAUACUACAACUUGUCGACUGUCUAGGGUCAUCGACAGUGUGCAUAUCGUCCUCGUAUGCCAUGCUAUGUAUUAUUAUCUGGUCGCUAACUAUGGUAUCCCGGAAACGCUAUUGAAUGGUGUUUGGUCUCUGUUCGUGUCCAUCGCAAUCAAUCUCCUUAUUGCCAUCAUCGUUCAAGUAUAUUUUGCGCUUCGGAUAUUUCGUCUGAGCGGGCAGAAAUUCCGAUGGUGGUUGACUGGUUUCAUUUUGGUUCUUGUGUUCGCCCAUUUUGCUCUAGGGAUUGAAACUGUAGUGUUAAUAUUCAUCAAGAAGAAGCUUGCAAAGCUCGACGAGAUCACUCUUAUCGCUGCGAUGCCCUUCGCCUUGUUCGCGGUGCUGUCAGACGUGGCCAUUGCCGCUUCUCUGUGUGUGCUUCUCAAUGGGCAUAAGACAACUUUCAAGAGGACAAAAGCGCUUGUCAACACGCUGAUAGUUUACGCAAUCAAUAGGUGCUUGCUCACUUCAAUUGUCGCUGUUAUAGAGGUCAUCGCCUUCGCGACAAGUCCAAGAAGUCUUUGGUUCGUUGCAAUUGAUUUUGUCAUCGGAAAGCUCUACGCAAAUUCGUUUCUUGCUACCCUCAACGCCCGACAUUCCAUGCGGCAGGGCUUGUCAGUCGGUAAUUCUUCCACUGAAGGCAUCAAUUCCAUCAGAGUAGAGAACCUGCGCUUCGCCCACGGCACGGCGGUACGCAGCAGCAGGGAGGUUCGGGUCCUAGGGUCCGCUGGAGGUGGUAUUGCACAUGGCGAGGGUUCGGCGACCGACGUGGAUAUCAUGGAAAUGGAAUCGGGAUCGAGGGGAAAGGACUUCAAGAGAAAGGAGACGCCUCUGACCGUCUGACUGAUGCUAAUUUUGGACUUGCGUUCUUCACUCGCUGAAUGUUCACGAACCAUUACACGACAUGAAUGCGUUGCUGCUGGUUGACACUUUGGAUAGUGGUAGUCUCGUUAAUAUAUCAUAUCAUCACGCAC